GGGAGGGAGGGAAGCGGGAGGUCAGUCACAAGAUGGCGGCGGCGUCGGUGGGUUUCGGUGACCGGGAGCUCUUCCAGGAGUUUAACGACGACGGGGAGUCCCCGGGGCCGUCUCACAUCCGUUUCCGCGACGAGGAGGACGACGACGGCGGCGGCGAGGGGGGCGAGGCGGCCGCCGAGUCGCUGAGGAGGCGGCUGGAGGAGUGCGAGGAGCGGGCGGGGGCGCUGCAGGCCGAGAAUCAGGAACUCAGACGGAAGCUAAACUUAUUGACUCAGCCAAGAAUUGUGGUGAGCGAUUCCAAGUUGGAUGGUCCCCUAGUUCAGGUCUUGUUUAUGAACAACAACAUUUCCAAACGGUAUCAUCAGGAAAUUGAAGAUUUCAUCACAGGGCUGAGAGAAAAAUAUGAAAAGGAAAACCAGAGUGAUCUUGAAAAAUCAUCAUUUAACGUGAAACCGCAGCCAUCAAGUGUAGUGCUGACAGAGCAGCGGAAGGCGGACACUCUGAAUACAAUAAAGAAAACAAAAGAUGUAUUUUACGUUGUGGGAAGCGUUCAGUACUUCACCAAUUUCUGCCUUGACAAACUUGGACAACCACUGCUUAACGAGAAUCCACAGCUGACUGAUGGAUGGGAAAUACCAAAAUACGAACAAAUCUUUGCCCAGGCCGUGUCCUUAGAUGGACAAGAAGUGGGAUUGAAAGCGAAGAGACCGAAGGCGUGUUGUUUCAACUGUGGUUCAACAGAACAUCAGCUGAAAGAUUGUCCGAAGCCUCGUGACCUGGCUCGCAUUAGUGAAAAGCGGAAGGAAUUCAUGACCAUGGUUAGUGAUUCACCACAUCCAAACUCUCAGCACCGGUACCACGAAGAGAAGUUUGACAAGUUCAAGCCAGGUGUAAUCAGCGACGAACUUAAAGACGCUCUAGGCAUGACUGAUGAAAAUCUCCCCCCGUUUAUAUAUCGAAUGCGCCAAUUGGGUUACCCACCUGGGUGGCUGGAGGAGGCUGAGCUGGAGACUUCAGGGCUUGCUUUAUACGAUGGAAAAGACUCCAGUGAUGGUGAAGUACAGGACAACGAGCAACAUCCCAAAACUCAUCAACCAGCGUAUGAUACAAGCAAGCUAAUAGAUUACAUAGGGUUCAACGUCAUUCUCCCGAAGGGAAUACAAGAUGAGUGGAGGCUCUAUGGUUCGAUUCCAAUACAGUCACAUCACUUGAAGGAGCAAUUUGCAAGUCAUCUGGCUGCAUGUUUUCCCAAGACUGUACUCAUUUCUAACAAGAGGGGUUCGGAUUGUGACAGAAGCCCUCAGCAUGUAAAGAAGCGCAAAUCUAAUGAACUCGUCUCAAACGCAUCCACAUUUGACAUGGACAUUGAUUCAGGUUCAGAUACUCCAAGGCCUAGAAACCAUGUUCCUUCCCUGCCUCCCAAUCACCAGCUGCGUUCAACCCCGCCUCCUUUACCCAAAGGAACGCCCCCUGCAACACCGCCCUCCUUCAUCCCACCUCCACCCCUCACCCCAACCCCUCCUCCACUCCCCAAAGACACCCCGCCAUCGACCCCUAACUACUCUCCAGCAGGGUGUUCACAAGGAAAAGGUCACUUCAGCAGCAUUCCUCGGAUUGUGGACGAAGCUUUGAAUGAAGACGGCUUAUCGCUGGAAGAGCUGGAAGAACAACAGAGGUUGAUCUGGGCUGAGCUGGAGCAGGCUGAGAGCAUCAACAGUGAGGUGGAGGCUCCUUCCGAUUCCCCUCUCACCCGGAACUCUGCAGGCUCCUCCCUGGCACUGAAUCCUCCCGACAUUCCCAUGGAGUUUGAGGAAUCCGGUGGAAAAACGGGAAUCAUUGGAAAUAAAACGAAGAGCCCCAGUGCAGAAGCAUCUUUGGUGGACUCUAGGGAUGAACCAGUCAGUGUAAUGGAAAGUACCACCCUCAACAGGAGGAGAGUCAAAAACCGGAGACUGUGGAGGCAGAAAUGCACUGCAACAGUGGCACUGAAGAGGAGCCCGCACUGAAGCCGGCCACUGGAACCACGAAUGGAGGAAACCAGGUAUGUUUGGAGGAAGCCACCGACGAU